AUGAAAGGCCAUAUAUCAUUGAUAAUUGAUACGAGCAACCAUCUAACUGACGUCGUUCCUAGACAGCACGCGAUCACAAGAACGUCCGAAAGACAUCUAGAGGAUGUUUUACGUCUUAAGAACGUCCGAAAGAAAUCCGAAGACUUCCAAACGUCUUCCAAACUUCGAAAUACUAGGUUGGAGACAUGGUCUCCGAAUACCCUUCGAGCUGCGGGAUUGUGCGAAGAUCAUUUUGUUGUGACGUCCUUUAAAAACCCACAAAAAAUAAAAUUGCGUAGAGAUGCUGUACCAAUUCCGUACGACAAAGAUGCCUCUUCUGCACAUAAAGAUAAUAUAGAAAUAAGAGAGGUACAAAGGGACGUUGCAGAAUUAUCUUUACCCAAUCACCAAAAUAUUAUAUUAGAAAAAGAAGAACUUCAACAGUCUGCAGUACGAACAUAUGGAUCUGGAACUGUACUUUUCGACAUUACUGCAGAAGAGGAAGAUGUCAUGGAAUGGAUGCAUUUGGAACCAGAACCACACACACGUGAGAAUGUGAAACGAUAUGUAGCACGACGAUGUAUUGAAAAAAAUGAUUGUAACUAUUGUCGUCAAAUAAUGUUAAAAACACCAAUGGAAGACGUAACAGCUAAUGAAAAAUAUAUCGAAUAUCGGGAAUAUCCUAAUGCAGACGAAGAUGCGCCGAUAGUCACGAAAUUAGUUCGACCAACAAAUCUUUUUAUAAAUAUCAUUAAAACACAGUUAAUGACUUUUAAUCGUUCGUGGCAACAUCAUUGGGCAUCCACACAACUUCUUGAAAAGAUGAUAAAUGAAG